CUUGCUAAAGCUCACACUAGAUGUCGCAACACUGAUCAGUGGCACAACCACAUGAAUAUCUGGGAUGGAUAACAUUAUAGAAAUUGUAUAUGUGCAAUAUGGUCGAGAAUAUAAUCAACGAUGAGUGAUAAAUUAAAUGAGACCUUACAUGUGAGACUGGCCUAUCUUACUUCACAUAUCAAUAAUCAGCCAGUUUUCUUAAACAAUGUGAAAGAUAUGUUUCAAAGUCAAAUAGCCUCAAUCAGGUCAUUGCAACGAAUUACCAACGUCAAAGAAUUGGCGAAAUUACUGAAAAAGAGGGACUUAUUAACAACAUCAUGUUUGGAUUCUAUUGCAUACAUGUUACCUCCUGAUUUAUACCAAGAAUACAGUAAAAUAAAAGGUGCACAUCAAGUCACAAUACACCCUCACAUGUCAAGUAAUAAUCACAGAUCAAAUAUAUCCAAUAUCAUAGGUUCUACUUCAGAGGAAAGAGAUUCAAUUAAUUUGAAUGGUAAUCUGGAUAAAAUUUACAGGAUUAUUUGUGGUGAAUUGAGUCCCCAACAUUGUAAAGAUAUGGCAAGGAAAUUGUGCAUUAAGGAAUGCCACAUUGAUGAACUGUUUUUAUGUUCUACCAGCACACAUGAGUGUAUAAAGAAGGUGUUACAGAUGCAUGAAGAAAACUGUGACCCAAAAACAUGGAGGCAAUCUCUUUUGAAUGCCUUAGAUGGUGCAAAACGAGAAGACGUUCGAAAAAUGGUUGAAAGAAAACUCGACGACUUGGACAUAACAAGGCCUUAUAAAUUGUAAUGUGAUGAUGCAAUUAUAGAAUUAACUAUUUAAUGAGAAUUUCUAUUUACAUUAAGAAGAUGAUGUAAUUUUGUUAAAGGAAACAAUUAACCUUUUUGUUCAGAGCAA